AUGAUGGCGGAAUCUGGAGGUAACGAGGAAAAUCCAAAAAGUUCAGGGCCUCGUAGUGUUAGUCCAUAUGCACUUUUCGACCGUUCAGAUGUGACCUCUGCUACAACUUCUGCUUCCCGCCAAGAUUUCAAGGCAAAUUCUGAGAACGGCCUCUUGUCUAAAUCGUAUUCGUUGAAGAGUUUGGGUGAAUACCGAACGCGAACUUCGAACAGUAUACCGUUGUCUGUUGACCGUAGAUCGACAUCAAAAUUUAAUAGUUCAAGCAUCAAUAACGAUGAAGACCCACCGUCGUCUUCAUCGUCAUCAUCCGCUACUACUGCUACCACUUCUUCCAAGAGUUUGGUCCCAAAAGAAGACAACAAUCUAUAUUAUCACCAUGGUUCGCCGGCCUUACUGGACUGGACAAUAGGAAAUUGUAAUGAAGAGACGGUCAGCGAUCGUAUCAGGCGGCGCAGUUACUAUGUUAAACUCAAAUAG